UUAGAAUCAUAUAUAUUAUCAAAGAAAUGAAUAUUAAUGUUUUUUUAUACAUCUCAUACAAAUUGUCAAGGGUGUGUUAUUCAAUAUAAGAUAAGUUAAAUUAAAAAAUAAAAAUAAAUGGAAAAGUUAUUUAUUAUCAGUUAUUUAUUAUCUUUAAAAUUACAUUGAAUACAUAAGAUUUAUAGAAAAAGAUUUUAUAUAUACAUACAUAUCAGAAUGAGUUAUUCUAAAGAAGAAAUAGAGAAGAAACGUCUAUUAGCUUUACAACGUAGAAAGCAAGCUCAGUUGAGAAAUAUUCCAUUCAAUCCUAAUGCAAAUACAAAAAAUAAUGUUUCUUUUACUAGUAGUAAUGUUAUAACUAAUAAAAAUAUAUCAAACACUUCAAAAAAUUUUGGACAAGAUUCAUUAAGAUAUGUUGACAAUAAAGCAAAAUUUAGAAACAAUUCCUUUAAAAAUAAUGAGAAGUUCAAUAAAAAAGAUGGGCGAUUUAGUCCUAUGUCAACAAAGAAGUUUUUUGGUGAGAAAUCCUGCAUUACUGGGAAAUGUUAUAUGAUAACUGAUGAAAGAUUUACGUUAGAAACCUCAUCAUAUUUUCCUUCAUUUAUUGAAACAAUAAAGACAAUUCCAAGCAGAUUAUAUGACAUGAAAACUAAGCAAUGGAAUUUCCUUUUAAAAGACUAUGAAACAGUGAUGGAAAAAGCUAUUAAUUUCAAAUCUGACAUACAAAUCACAGGAUUACCAAAUACAGUCCUUCAGAUAUUCAGGAAAAAUGAUACCUCAAAUACUAAAAAUGCUUUAUCAGAUAUUGAUCCUCAAUUAGUAAAAAAUUUAAUGCCCUUUCAACGAGAAGGAAUAUGUUAUGGAAUAUCUAGGGGUGGUCGUUGUAUGAUUGCUGAUGAUAUGGGUUUAGGGAAAACCAUUCAGGCAUUAGGCAUUGCACAUUAUUUUAGAAAAAAUUGGCCAAUUCUUAUUGUUGUACCCGCUUCAAUCAGGUACCAAUGGGCUGAAGCAAUAUAUACAUUUUUGCCAUCUAUACCUACACAUUAUAUUCACCAAUUUGCAAAUACUAAAGACUUUAUUGAUAACAAUAAAAUUGUUAUUACAACAUAUGAUCUCCUAGUCCGGGCGCUGGAUACAUUUGAACGCAAAAUGUUUGGUUUUAUUAUUUUGGAUGAAUCUCAUGCUUUGAAAAGUGUAAAAACUGCUAGGUUUAAGGCUGCAAAAAGUAUAGCAAAGGGUGCUCGACAUGUUGUUUUGCUAUCUGGAACACCUGCUUUAUCAAAACCCUUAGAAUUAUAUUCUCAAAUAAAUCUUAUAAUGCCAAAUUUUAUGGGAUUUCAGGAAUAUGGAAUUCGAUAUUGUGCAGGAGAAAAAACUUUAUUUGGUUGGGAUUUUAAUGGAUCAUCAAAUACACAAGAAUUGCAAUUGUUAUUAAAACGGACUUGCAUAAUUCGAAGAUUAAAAAAUGAGAUUUUAAAUCAAUUACCAGCAAAAAAAAGACAAGUUAUUAUACUAGAUUCAGAGUUAAUAAAAACUGGCACUGAACAAAUGAAAGCAAUGUCUACGAAAUUAGAACGAAAUUUAAAUGGUACGGAUAGACAUCAGGCUCUUUUAGUAUAUUAUAAUCAAUCUAGUAUUGCUAAAGAGGGAGCUGUAUGUGAUUAUAUUUCUAAAUUAUUUGCACGCAAGCAAAAGUGUAUUAUAUUUGCCCAUCAUCAUAAUGUUAUGAAUGCUGUUUGUAAAGUUGCAGAAUCUAUGGAUAUAAAAUUUAUUAAAAUUGAUGGAAAAACAAGUGCCGAACAUAGAAAGUGUCAAAUCGAUGAAUUUCAAAAUUGCGAUAAUUGUACUGCUGCAAUAUUAUCAAUCACAGCAGCAAAUACCGGAAUUACACUAACAGCUGCGAAACUUGUUGUUUUUGCAGAACUGUUUUGGAAUCCUGGGAUAUUAUGCCAAGCAGAAGAUAGAGUACACAGAAUUGGUCAAGACAAGGAUGUUAUUAUUCAGUACUUAAUUGCAAAACAAACAGCAGACGAUUAUUUAUGGCCUUUGAUUCAAAAAAAAAUGAAUGUAUUAAAUAAAGUUGGAUUUGAUCAGGACUUUUCUCUAAAAGAUAUUGAUGUUACAGUACAAGCAUUGAAUUCGAAACAAAGCACCUUAGAUAGUUUUAAUACUUUUAGUAGUAUUUCACAACAAGAGAUUGAUGAAGAAAUGAUAGAAUGUAAUCAAAAUGCAACAAAAGACAUUAUGUUAGAAAGUCAAUCUUCCACUGAAGAAUUUAAACAAUUAUUUGAUUCAAAUGAGGAGGACUUUAAAUUUUGUGAUUGGGACGAAGUCGAAUGAAAAAUUACUUUUUAUACAGCAUUGUGAAAAGUGUACAAAUGAAAAUGCAUAAGUAAUAAAAAGACUUACUAUUUUUUUA